UUUAUUUUUGUAUAAUAUCCACUGUAAUUCAAGUCAAUGUUUUUUGUUGCAAUAGUGCCCCUGUGUGGUUGAAAAGAUUAUUGUUUGCAUGGAUUGUGUUUAGCUGAUUGGUUGAGGGUGAGAGAGCGGAAGCAGGAAGCAGGAACGCAGCAGCCUCGAUUCAGCGGAGAAGUUGUUUGCAAAAGAGAGCAGAAAAUAAGGAAAUGCAAAAGGAAACAUGGACGAUCAGCAAACCUAACAGCUCCCACACAUUUGAACAGAAGGCGCACACGUUUUUCACGUUGCUUCUUGCCCAGCUAAAGAGAAAUAAAACGCUGGCAAAUUCAUCAGUUGAAGCGUGGCCUAUUUCUGUGCAAAUAAAUAACCUGGGAGCGGUUAUAGUGAAAAACGUGUCCCCUGCCGUUAUCAACGAGGAAACAUCGCUGCACCGGCGUGAGAGGGGCCAGCCAGCGAAAGAGCGACGAGUGAGCAGCGUGGCUUCAGCUUGACCAUGCUCCAAGGGAAAGAGGUCUACGUGGAGUCCAUCACCAGCCUCCAUGGUUCUGCAGCAGCUGGACAUCCAGACUUCAACAGCUUGACCAUGCUUCAAGGGAACGAGACCUUCGUAGAGUUCAUCACCAGCCUCCAUGGUUCUGCAGUGGCUGGAUAUCCAAACCUCAAACAGUUUUUCCAGUGGAAUUAAAGACUAAAGCUUCACUUCAGCACAAUGCAAGUCUACAGUAAGCCCAAGCUUCACAAGGAUACCAGGUCAGACUGUGUCUAUAGACUCUAAAAAAAAAAAAAAAAAACUCAAAUACAAAGAAGAAGAGAUAAAGAAAAAGAGUUCAAAGGAGUUAAGAGAGUUAAAAUUGUUUACAAAGUGUUUUUGUUUAUUUUUGCUGUGACACUGGUAUUGUUUGAUAUUUUAAUAUUGGGUUAACUUUGAAAUAUUUGAAGUCUAUUGUGCAACACUGAGAUGGAAGAUACUUCAGAAACACGUCUGUUAGAAGAAGUAAUUGAAGCAUUAGAAAAAGAGAAGGCUUCAUUAGAGGUUAAACUAAUGGAUGAUCUUGAAGACAAAGAAAAACAAGAGGUUGAAAUACGCCUAGGUGAGAUCCAUGCAGAUCUUGAAAUUCAAAGAAUAGGCCAACGUCCAAUCCAAACUUUACCUGGAGUUGAAACAGAAGUGAGGCGCUCAGACAGAGAAAGAAACCUAACUGAGAAAAUGUUGGAACUGAAAAGAGAUGACAUAAUGAGCAAAGAGAGAAGUUUUAUGUCAACCUACUUGCACUUUAAAGCUGAGGUUCAACUCACAAGGUCGAAACUGAAAGGAGAAUGCUCUAAACUUGAGUUAGGUGACAUGAUUCAAAGGGUUGAAAAAUGCGAGUCAGAUUUAAAGCAAAACUAUGUAUCUUUACGUGCACUGACCGCACCAUCCCAAGACAUAAGGAGAAAAAUGGACAGUGGCAGUUCGGUUUGUACUGAUAUCAUAAAGCUUCUGAAAAGGCGUUAUGCAGAUUCUGACAAGGAAUUUAAUGCACAAGCUGCAAAGGAAUCAGUCUUUCAAUUACUGCAAAGAGAGGAUGCGAAGUCAAUUUAUGGCUCAACUGUGUCAAGACAGAGAAGUCAACACAGAAGUCUAAGUGAGCACGAAAGCCAAUUUUCUGCAAAAAGGGCUGAAGCAGCAGCACGUUUAGCUUCAAAACGAGCAGAAAUAAACAGAGAAAUGGAAAUCUCAAAGCAAAGACAGGAGAUUCUUGCUCAGCAAGAGAAGCUGAAAAUGUUGGAGAACCAAAGAGAUCUUGAGGCAAUAGAGGCAGAGUACAAUGUAUAUGCUGAAGAAGAAUCAAAGAUGAAUGCUGAAAGAACUGCAAGUGAAAUAAAGGUCACUUCAAGUCAGCUUCCAAAACAGCAGCAGAACAAUGUCUCACGCCCAGAAGUUCUUUGUAAGCCAGCGCCAGCUUUACCUGAGAUUAAAGGUGAAAAGAUUUUCCAAAGGGUGUAUGUCCCACAAACUUGUGACAGGAAUCCAAUGCCAAAAGACACUGAAGUAGCAUUAGUCCAAGCGUUAAAGGACUCGUUGACAAUGACAAGACUGCCAGCUCCUGAACCAUUUACAUUUAGUGGGGAUCCGCUGAAAUUCAUUGAGUGGAGCACUUGUUUCAAAGCUUUAAUAGAGACUAGCUGUGUUGAUCCAGCUCACAGAUUGUUCUACCUGAAAAAGUACAUAAGUGGGGAAGCACUUACUGUAUUAGAAGGAACAUUUUAUAGAAGCGAUGAGGAAGCUUACACCCAGAUGGUGAUGCAGAGGAAGCAGUCGGCAUAUCUGCAGAUGAUGUCACAUGGUAUAUACCUCACCAUGGGGUAUACCAUCCCAGAAAGCCAGAGAAAGUGA